AUGCAUUUCUGUUUCUAUCUGUCUUUUUUCUUAAUGCAUUUCUGUUUCUGUCUGUCUUUCUUCAAUGCAUUUCUGUUUUGUUGUUUCUUCAAUCUUUUUUUUCUGUCUGUCUUUUCUUCAAUGCAUUUCUGUUUCUAUCUGUCUUUUUUGUCUUUAAUGCAUUUCUGUUUCAUCUGUCUCUUCUUUAAUGCAUUUCUGUUUUUCUGUCUGUCUUUUCUUCAAUGUUUCUGUUUUUUCUGUCAUCUUCAUUUCUGUUUCUUUCUGUCUUUUUUGCAUUUCUGUUUCUUUUCUUUCAUGCAUUUUGUUUGUGUCUGUCUUUUUCUUUCUGUUUCUGUCUGUCUCUUUCAAUGCAUUUUUUUUUUUGUCUGUCUUUUCUUCAAUGCAUUUUGUUUUUUAUUUCUGUCUUUUUGCAUUUCUUUUUUUCUGUCUUUUCUUCAUCUGCAUUUUGUUUUUCUGUCUCUUUUUAAUGUCUUUUUUUUUUAUCUGUCUCUUUGGUUGCAUUUCUCUUUUUUUGUCUUUUCUUCAAUGCAUUUCUGUUUCUUUGCAUUUCUGUUUUUUUUUCUUUUUUUUCUGUUUUCUGUCUCUCAUUUUAAUGCAUUUCUGUUUCUGUCUGUCUUUUUCUUCAAUGCAUUUCUGUUUCUGUCUGUGUCUUUAAUGCAUUUCUGUUUUUAUCUGUCUCUUGCUUUCAUGCAUUUUCUUUCUUCUGUCUUUUUUCUUUCUAUCUGUCUUUUCUUCAAUGCAUUUCUGUUUCUGUCUGUCUUUUCUUCAAUGCAUUUCUGUUUCUAUCUGUCUCUCAUUUAA